AUGGGAGCUGGGGCCAGCGCCGAGGAAAAGCAUUCCCGAGAACUAGAGAAGAAACUGAAGGAAGAUGCCGAGAAGGACGCCAGGACUGUCAAACUGCUCCUACUGGGAGCUGGUGAGUCCGGAAAGAGCACCAUUGUAAAGCAGAUGAAAAUUAUUCACCAAGAUGGUUAUUCCCUUGAAGAAUGUCUGGAGUUUAUUACCAUUAUUUAUGGAAACACCCUCCAGUCCAUGCUCGCCAUCGUGAAAGCUAUGAACACGCUGAACAUCCAGUAUGGAGACCCUGGACGACAGGACGAUUCCCGUAAGCUAUUGCAUCUGUCAGACACCAUUGAUGAGGGCACCAUGCCCAAGGAGAUGUCAGACAUCAUUGGGCGCCUGUGGAAAGACACGGGCAUUCAGGCGUGCUUUGACCGCGCAUCUGAAUAUCAGCUCAACGACUCAGCGGGAUAUUACCUGAAUGACCUGGAGAGACUUGUGACCCCAGGGUAUGUACCCACCGAACAGGAUGUGCUCAGGUCCAGAGUAAAGACCACCGGUAUCAUUGAGACACAAUUUGGCUUCAAGGACCUCAACUUCAGGAUGUUUGAUGUGGGAGGUCAGCGAUCUGAGCGUAAGAAGUGGAUCCAUUGCUUUGAAGGUGUCACCUGUAUCAUUUUCAUUGCUGCACUGAGCGCCUACGACAUGGUCCUGGUGGAGGACGAUGAAGUGAACCGAAUGCAUGAAAGUCUUCACCUUUUCAACAGUAUCUGCAACCACCGUUACUUUGCCACCACCUCCAUCGUACUGUUCCUCAACAAGAAGGACGUCUUCACAGAGAAGAUCAAGAAGGCUCACCUUAGCAUCUGCUUCCCAGACUAUGACGGUCCCAACACAUACGAGGACGCAGGAAAUUAUAUCAAGACACAGUUCCUGGAACUGAACAUGCGACGAGAUGUAAAGGAAAUCUACAGUCACAUGACCUGCGCCACCGACACGGAGAACGUCAAGUUCGUGUUUGACGCGGUCACAGACAUUAUCAUCAAAGAAAACCUAAAGGAUUGUGGUCUGUUCUAG